AUGGUCAAGCUGAGGUACUCCAAGAGGCUGUUCAGGAGGAGCUCCUCCAAGGGCAGCACUGACAGCAGCAGCAGCAGCGACGGCGAUGUCGGUGGCCGGGGCGCCGGCGCCGGCGCGGAGAUAGAGUGGGAGGUGAGGCCGGGAGGGAUGCUGGUGCAGAAGAGGGACGGGAGAGGGGGCGUGGAGGUGAUCGCCGUCAGGGUGGCCACCGGCUUCUCCUGGCACGAUGUGUCCAUUGGAGCUACCUGCACUUUUGGGGAGCUGAAGGAAGUGGUGUCCAUGGUGACAGGGCUGAAGCCCAGGGAGCAGAGGCUGCUGUUCAGGGGGAAGGAGAGGGAGGACGGUGACCACCUCCACAUGGUUGGUGUGAGGGACAAGGACAAGGUGCUCCUCCUUGAGGACCCUGCCCUCAAGGACAUGAAGCUCCGGGCUGCGCUCGUGGCCCGGGCCGUGCAGAGCCCGUAUCAGAAUUUUAUCCAAGUCUAGACCCAACCUAGCCCAGCCCAGGCUGGUCCAGCCCGGUCCAUCUUAUCGAGCUAACUGUUAGAUCGAUCACACACCAUCAGCUCUGAUCAGGUCUCCAAAACCUUCCUGUUUGGAAGUGACCUGAUGCAUGGUGAUUUUUUUUACUGUUGCUGUUAAUCAGCAGUGAGUACCACUCCAUGGGAAAGGGCAAAGGGGCCUCUCUCUCGUGUGAGAGCUAGAGUACUGGCCUACCACUCGUUAUAUGUCCCUAAUAGCGUGAUUUGUGUCAUUUCUAGGUAGUUUGCAAUGCUUAAUGUGGCUGUUUGUGGGCUCCUUUAUGACAGCAGUGUAUCUCUGAUACGUGGAAUGGAUCAGUGUCUCAUGCAUGUAAC